AUGAAUCCGACCCAAUUGAAUCUUUCGUUCUUGGCCCAGGCCCAUUAUUCCAUCCUUUCACAAUGCAGUCCUUCCAUACUCUGUAGAGGACACGAGGCUUCACAAAAUCUAGGGUUUGUCUCGGUGUUUCUGUUGCCGUGCUCAUCGGAUCGCGAAAAUGCCGUCGCACAAGAGCUUCAUGAUCAAGAAGAAACUCGCGAAGAAGAUGAGGCAGAACAGGCCUAUUCCUCACUGGAUUCGCUUGAGGACCGACAACACCAUCAGGUACAAUGCUAAGAGGAGGCACUGGCGCCGAACAAAGCUAGGGUUUUGAGGUCCAUUGUGAUGUUUCUGGUUUCAAUUAAGACUUGAAAAUUGUGUUUAGUUUAUAUUAGCUAAACCAGUUCUGAACUCUUUAAAGUUACUCUGCAGAAAUUGUGAGGAUUGUUGUUUGAUUUACAUUUGAUUUCACAUUUCAAUUGAUGGGCUUGACUUAAUUUUAGUUUAAUGUGAUGUUAUGAUGGGUUUUGGA